AUGGGACGUCAUAAAGUCACUAUCAAGAAGAUAGAAGAUGCAACAAGGAGUCAAAUAACGUUCUCCAAACGUAGAAAUGGUUUGAUUAAAAAGAUUCAUGAACUGUCAACUCUUUGUGAUGUUGAUGUAGCUCUUGUAGCCUUCUCACCUUCCGGACGCGUUAGUCAGUACCCAAGUGAUAAUAAGAAGUUUAUGAAGACGCUGAAUCGCUACGUUUAUCUUCCAAUUCUUGAUAGAGACUAUGACGUAGAUGAUCCAAAGUUUCAUCUUAAUAAGCUUGACCACAUUACGGAUGACGGCGACAAAAUUAUCGUAGUUAAUCGCGAGAUCAAACGUUACGAGCAACUAAAGGCAGUGGCGGAGCUGGAACUACAUAUGAACGAGAAUAAAUUAAGGUGUUUCGACAAAAGCCUGCCUAAGCAUGCUACUAGCUUAACUAAAAUCAGAUGGCAAAGAAAAUUCCUUACGGACAUGCUAAAUCAAGUUAGGCAGAGAAAAGAAAUUUUAAUUCAAGGGUCUCUAAUGAACGAGGAUCCACCCAUUGGUUAUCUGGUGGAUGUGGAUCAAAAAAAUUUGUACAAUCAUCUUUUUGUGGAUGGUAGUCAACCUAAUGGAUUACUGGUAAAUGGUAGUGAAGCUAAUGGAAUGCUCCAUGGUAGUUCUUUCAGUAAUAAUGGAAAAUCAUCCAUGGUUUUGUCACCUAAGAAGUCAACUGGUUUACGGGUUAAUAAUUACCAAGUUCAACGUAUGGACAUGCCAUUAGGCUCAAAAUCCUCAUUUCUGAACAACCAAUGCAGAUCUCAAGUUGAACUGAGUCAGGAUUCCAAGCUUAUGGUAGGCAGUGCACCAACCGUGUUAUUUACAGGAAAUUCAUCUACGGAUAACAACUACAAUGACAAUGAUGGGGAACAAAAUCAAGUAUUUUAUAACCCAAUAGGUAUGGGUAUGCAUGCUGACUCCUUUAUUCAGUUAUACAAGGAUAAUAAAAAGAAGAACAAGAACGUAGAAAAAUAUCAAAUGAACAUACUGAAUCAAGAACUCGAUAAUCUAGUGGGCAUGAGUUUGCAAGGUGACUCACUUCUUCAAUUAGAAAAGGAUAGCAAAAACAACAACACCACCAACGGAGGAGAUAAUCAAAUGAACAUGUUGCAUGGAGAAUACUACAACCCGAUAUGCACAUGCUUGCAUGGAAAAUACUUCCACAACCCAACAGGCACAUGCUUGCAUGUUGACGCAUUUCGUCGAACGUACAUGGAAAACAACAAUAACCGAGAAAAGACUCCAACGAUUGUUCGAUUCAUGUCAAGUCAAGUGUAUUGCUGCAACCCCAUGGAUACAAGUUCGUAUGUUAAUCCAUUUUUACUAUGCAAUAACAACAAAGGAAAAGAGAAACAAAUGGAUAUGCUGAGUCAAGAAUACGCGAGGUCUAACCCUCGACCUCAAGCAUAUGCAACAAAAGAACUAGAUAUUCGUGGGUCCCAAAUUCAAAAUUAUGAAGAUGUAUCAAACCAAGAUGUUAUACUUUAUAACAAUCAAACAUCACCGGAAAAUGCGUCUGAUGAUCUACAACAUGUAGAUGAUGACAUUGGAAUUUCGAAGGGUACAACUACGACCCUCAUGAAUGAAGCAUCGAUACCAACUUUUUCUGAUGAUUUUCUCCUAAUGGAUAAUGAGCUUUCAUUCAUGCAGGACUUGUUAAAUGAUUCAAAAAUUAGUCAGCUAGAGAUUACUUAUGUGAAUGAAGAAGCAUCGACGAAAAGUCUGUCCAUUGAUUUGCACCAAAUAGAUGAUGAUCUUUCCUUCCUACAGGAAACUGGCAACGCGAACAGAGCAUCAACCACAAUUCCGUCUAGUCAUUCAUUCCCGACAGAUGAUGAUCUUUCCUUUUUGCAGGUAUUUGUCCAUGUUAGCCAUGUUUUUUCGGCUUACUAA